UCCACACAAUCCAACCAACUCCACUCACCACACCACACCAACCCUUUCACUUUUUCAUCCUUCAUUCUUUCUUGGCCUCUAUCUGUGUUUUGUUUUUUUGUUUUCAUUGCCAUUUUCUUGGUUCAUUUUCCAUUAUUGUUUUUCUCUGCAACAUCUUUAUCUCCAUUUUUUAAGAUCGAUUUCUGCCACCCUUUUGCAUUUCCUUCAUUGUGUCACACACACGUGAUUUAUCUUUUUAAGAGUUGGGUCAAUCUCAUAGUUUUGUCUUUUUCUUCAGAUCUUGCUCGUCAUUCUCUUCGACCAAUCAUUUGUUUUGGGCUGCAUGUCACUCUGCUGACCCGUAUCUAGCAAGGUUUCAACUGGUUUGUUUGUUUGUUUGUUGUUGGAAAGUUGAACACUGUACUUUUCUGCAUUUCCUUGUCAUUACCGAGACUUUUUGGUGGAAUUUCUGGUAUUUCAAUGGGAUGUUUGGAUGAUGGGAGUUUCACUGUUAAACUUGAAAAUGGAGCUACGAAUGGUUUUGCUGAACUGAGUGUGGAGGAAGAGGGGAAUAAUGCCACCAUUGAAGAUGCUGUGAAGGUUUUGUUGCUGGGUCUUGGGGAAGACAUAAACAGGGAAGGUCUAAGAAAGACACCUCUUCGUGUUGCUAAGGCCCUUCGUGAAGGAACCAGAGGUUACAAACUAAAGGUGAAAGACAUUGUUCAAGGCGCUUUAUUCCCUGAAGCUGGUCUAGAUAAUAGUGUUGGACAUGCGGGCGGAGCAGGUGGACUUGUGAUUGUCAGAGAUCUUGACUUGUUUUCCUAUUGCGAGUCCUGCUUGCUUCCGUUCCAGGUCAAGUGUCAUGUAGGUUAUGUUCCUUCCGGUGGAAGAGUUGUUGGUUUAAGCAAGCUAGCUCGCGUUGCUGAAGUAUUUGCAAAACGGCUCCAAGAACCUCAGCGUCUUGCGGAUGAGGUGUGUUCUGCUUUGCAUCUGGGAAUAAAGCCAGCAGGUGUUGCUAUCAUACUUCAAUGUACACAUAUCCACUUUCCAGACAUAGAAUCAGCUUUUCUUGACUCGAACUACCAAGGAUGGGUGAAGAUACUUGUUUCCUCAGGUUCUGGGGUUUUCGAAAACAAAAACACAGAUGUAUGGGCUGAUUUCUUUAGUCUUCUUAAAUUUAGAGGUAUCAAUGUGGAAAAUUUUCAUUUUAGAGGACCAUCUGACCCGUGCUGGUGUCCUUCUGAGUCUUCUCUUUCCGCCAAAUCCAAAAUUCAACCAGCCAAUCCUGUAAUGGUCUCUGCAAUAGCUUCAAUUAUUAAAUAUUUGGGAGAAGAUCCAUUGAGGAAGGAGCUUACAGGAACCCCAAGGAGAUUUGUGAAAUGGUUAAUGAACUUUCAAAACAGUAACUUGGAUAUGAAGCUGAAUGGUUUUUUUGUAGAUUCUGUAAAUGUCAAUAAGGAGGUUAGUUUCAAUGGCGAAAAAAUAUACUCGGAGGUGAACUUACCUUUUUGGUCACAAUGUGAGCAUCAUCUACUUCCAUUUCAUGGUGUUGUUCACAUAGGAUACUUCAUAUCUGAUGGAUUUAAACCUAUUACAAAAUCUCUUCUACAGUCAAUGGUGCAUUUUUAUGGCUUUAAGCUCCAAGUUCAGGAAAGGCUUACCAGGCAGAUAGCUGAAACUGUUUCCCCAUUGUUAGGUGGUGAUGUGAUAGUAGUUGUAGAGGCAAGCCACACAUGUAUGAUUUCGAGGGGAAUCGAAAAGUUUGGAAGUAGUACAGCUACUAUUGCUGUGUUAGGACGCUUUUCAACCGACAUUGCUGCAAGGGCUUCUUUCUUGCAGGGUAUUCCAAGUCCUACAUCUUCUUGAGACUUGAGAGCAAUACAUCAUGCAAUGAUUCUUGUUUGAGCUCAGUUGAAAUAAUUUAGAUUCAGUUUUCAUGAUUCUAUGCAUUUUGAAAUUUCAGUCAGAAGUUCAGCAGCAUUCGCAUAUAGAUAAAUUUGAGUCAAUGUAAAAUCUUGCUUCUCUAUUAAUGCGUUGAAAUGUAAGUUAGAAUAAUUUGUAUCUUAUUACUUUAUAUGAAAGGUUCACAAAGGGGAAUGGCUUGAAUAUUUUAUUUUGAAUUUAAAUGCUACAGUGGAAGGGUAUUGAACUGAUCAU